AUGCUCUGCUCUUCGGCAUUCAAAAGCACGGCUCCUCCCUCCAGAACGACCUCGGGAGGCGGAGCUUGCGGCCUGGUGGGUCUCGCCACGCGCACACACACGCCAACGACUGCAACCGUAUACCUGAAGCCAAAGCGGCCGCAAAAUAUUUUUCCCUUAGAUCUUUUCCCCAAUUUUUCAUCGAUUUUUGCUGAUUUGUUUCAAAAGGAAACGGAAUAUCAUUCGUUCUUAAUGUGGAAAGUGUUUCUUGCCGAAAAAAGGCAACUUUCCCUAGUUUUUAGGGUAAUUCAUCGCCGCCAAGUUAAAUUUCGCGUAAAACUGCAGUCGUUCUGAAUUUUUUGGAAAAAAACUUUAGAUUUUUCUGUCCAAGCUGCGUUUUUUGCCUUCAGAAAACUCGCGUUAGCCCUCUCACUUUCUCUGUUGAAUAUUUUCGCUGUGUGUUGAAGCGUACCGUUCUCUGUUGCUCUUUUUCACUUCUCACAUUUAAUCUUUUUCAGAAAACUUCGACAAUGGGUUUCCAAAAUUUGUGGUUCUCGCACCCACGCAAGUUCGGACCAGGAUCGCGCUCCUGGUAAGUAGUUUGAUUAAUUUAAACCUGACUAAAAUACGAAAAAGAAGUAAUUUUUAUUGGAGAAACGCUUUGGCGUACGUUUUGUGUUAGCAGAUGUCCAUUACGCAAUUGGCAACUGCCUUUUGACGUUUAGUUUAGUCUGCAAAAUAAAUUUACAUCUCGAAGACAGGCACAUCAUCUUUAGAGUUCCUGUUCAAGAUUGUGAAACAAUUGUCUUAACCAACCAAAUCUGAAUUAUUGCAGCCGCGUCUGCGCUGGACACCACGGACUCAUCCGCAAGUACGGCCUCGACCUCUGCCGUAGAUGCUUCCGCGAGCAGGCUAAGGACAUCGGAUUCAAGAAGGUACUAUUUUUAACGUUUAGAAAUGUGAAAAUGUAAUUAUUUUCAGCUUGAUUGA